CGGGUAGGUAGUCGUCGCCAUUGCUGCUCGACUCCUGCCGUAGCGCUAUUAGAAUUUCCGAUGUUUUAAAGUGAAAUGACAAGUGUGGCGUCGCGAAAACAACAGCAAGAAUACGUUAUACCGACGAGCAACUCACAGGACAUCCAGCCGUCCCCGUUGGCGCUCCUGGCCGCUACUUGCAGCAAGAUCGGGUCACCAACAGACGAGGGUGGUUCCCAGGGUGCGUCCCCUGUCAAAGUUGUGGGUCCUAAUCAAGUUAUUCAGUCCGGAGAAAUCAUAGCCACGGCUACCGGAACCCACAUUGUUCCCUUUCAACCGCAGACAGUCGGCGUAUUGAAUCCGGACGGAACCGUUACACAGGUCACGGGUGUCAACCAGCAGACUAGUGCAGCCACAAAUGUCCAUGUGUCGGGCAACGUGGCUGCUCUUAAGAGCAUUCCCACCGUAGCUACAGCUCAGAAUGUAGCGUCAGUUAACGGCCAAGUGUUUCCUCAAGGAGCACAAAUUGUGGCCGGCACUCCUGGCAAUAUUACCUACAAUGUGAUUCCAGCUCAACAGAUCCAAAAUAUACAAAUCGACGGACAAGAUGCAAUCUAUAUACCUGCUGUUCCACAGACUUUUCAGAUAGCUGGAAAUCAAACAAUAUUGGCACCAAAUGGCCAAACAUUUCUUCGUGCUCAAGGAGUGCAAGUGCCGACAUCCGUCCAGAAUGGUGCACAAACAGUCCUGCAUGGUAUGGCAGGUGUUGCUCAGCUUGGAGGACAGAAUGUUACCAUACGACAGGGUAAUGUUGUCCAAGCCUUGCAGCUUCCAAUACCGAUACAACAAACCAUGCCAAUUCAAGUGCCUGUAUCUACUGCUGGAGGACAUACUAUUUUACAGACGAUUCAUAUUCCUGUUCAGUCAAUACAGGGUGUUCCGGGAACUAAUGUUUUACAGUCUCAAGGACAACCUAUUACACUGAAUGUUCCAGCACACAUGCUGUCUCAAAUAGCAUCACAAAUGGGACCUAUCACACAAGAGAAUGAUGAAAAGAUUUUACAAGAGAAGGAUGAUCAAGAUUCUAAAACAAAAAAAAUAAAGAAAGAGGCUUCAGAAAAUGAAGAGGAACAACCCCCUGAAAAAGUAUUGAAAGUAAAAAAGACAUUUAAAAAGCCCGGAAAAAGAAAUAAAAUUGGUGAAUCUGGCAAGGAGAAUAAAGUAAUGAAAGUAGAGAAGAUAAAAAUAGAGGAGGAUUUGGAGAACCGAUUGAAUGAGUUACUAUGGGAAUUGUGGAAACAGAAUUUGAUUACUGGACAAGCACAGGGUGUUCAGCAGUUACAAGUAGCUACUCCAGUGCAUAUGUCACAAGCUAAUUCUCAAGCUGCUACAUCUACUACCUGGACAACAUCCAGUGGAAGCUCGGUGAUAUCUUCUUCUGAAGCUAAUAAUGCUAAUCAAGGACAGGCUGUUACUGCUACUACUGUUGCUUCGGCAAAUGGAGCACAGCAACAACAACAGCAGCAGCAACAACAACAACAACAACAGCAGCAGCAACAACAGCAGCAGCAGCAACAAAUGACAGUAACUAAUUUUCAGUUACCUAAUGGUCAAUUAAUUCAAGGUCAGGUUGGUCAAAUUCUUGCUGGAGCUGGAGGAUCUUGGUGGCCUACCUCUCCAAUAAGUGUUCAAGGUCUCGCUGGACUCAGGCCUGCAAAUGUAAUACAGGUACAAAGCUUACCUGUGGCUGGAUUACAAGGGGUCCAAGUGCAGGGAGGUCAAGCACAGCAAAUCAUAACAAAUGCUCAGACACUGCAAAGCUUAGGUUUAGGGCCGAAUGUGAUAGCUGCUAAUGCUGUUCCUACUGCAACAAACCACCAGCAGCAGAUGCCACCAUUGAGUCCUAUUCAAACAGUUCAUCCAGGAACACAAAUAAUCACCCAGCAGCUUCAACAAGAUCCUAAUGACCCUACAAAGUGGCAGGUUGUGGCCACGACUACAAAUCCAGCUGUUAACUCAUCGCAACAACCAACAACUUCCACACAGAAUCAGUCUGCUACAUCUACGACAUCUACUUCCACUGAAUCUCCAUCCUCCAACUCGGAUAUUGGUUCGGGUCGAAGGAUGAGGAGGGUUGCUUGCACUUGUCCAAACUGCAGGGAUUCUGAUGGAAGGAAUAGUGAGACAAAAAAGAAGCAGCAUAUCUGUCAUGUUCCAGGUUGUAAUAAAGUGUACGGGAAGACUUCUCACUUGCGAGCCCAUCUUCGUUGGCAUACUGGAGAAAGACCAUUUGUAUGUAGCUGGAUGUUCUGUGGAAAGAGAUUUACACGUUCUGAUGAGUUACAGCGACACAGGAGAACUCAUACAGGUGAAAAGAGAUUUCAAUGUGCAGAAUGCCUAAAACGAUUUAUGCGCAGUGAUCACCUUUCUAAACAUCUGAAAACACAUCUUACAAAAAAAACUUUGAGUGCAGUCGAUAUAAAUGAAGGUGAAUUGGUGGAAGAUAUUGCACCAGACAGUUGUGAUUUGGCCAUGACUGUUGAUAUUGAACCAGAUACUGAUCUUUCAAUUAAUGAAAGUGUUGUUGAAAGUUCUGCAAUGUGAAUUGAUUUUUUUUUUCCAGUUAAGUUAAAAUUUAAGUAAAAUACUGAACACUAAUCUUUUUGUUAGUGAAGAGUUAAAACUUACUUAUUGGUAAUUUUUUCUUUUUACUUAAAUUUUUACACUAAUGAAUAAUCUUGCAUUCACAAUUCUUAUUAUCUAAGUUAUUUAAAAAAUUUUAUUCCACUGAAGGUGAAUUAAACAGAGUAAUUAGUUCAUAUUGGGUGUAAUUUAUUUUAACCUGAAAAAAUUUAGCUUAUGUAAGUGAAAAAAUGUAAUUUAUAUAUUUGAAUAAUUUAUGCACUUCAGUCAUUUCAUGUGGCGUGAAGGAUUAGCAAAUGUUUACAAUGCUUAAUUAAUAAGAGUAGUCCCUUAUACUACAUUGUGAUCUUAUGGCAUAUUCCCCCCCUUCUUUUGUGUUCAGUUUGUUAGUACUGUAUGAUCAUUCAAAAACAGGAAUGAUACUUUUUUUUUUUUUUUUUUUUUUUUUUUUUUUUUAAAUUUGCAGUGAACCUUUUUAAAACAAAUACUACAUAUCAUAUAUUACAUUAUUUUAGAAUACAUUGCUUUGAAUACUAAGAUGUAUUGGAAUUUAGGGAUUUUUUAGAGAUUUCAAGAUUUUUUUGGUAUGAAGCAGGUUUAUAACUAUCAUCUGUUAAUAUAAGUACAUGUAAUGUAUCAUUACUUCAUUAAUUUUGUUAUAAUUGAUUCUUGUGUUUUUAUCAUUUUAAUAAUUCUUGUGGAUGGUUACCUGAAAGCCUGGGUUUAUGGUUUGUUAGAACAUCAAAAUUACUGUCAGCUUUCAUUGCAAGUGAAGCAUUCAUGCUAUCAGGUUCUCAAAUCAUUCCACAUCAUAAAUCCACCAUAAUUCUGAAAAAUUUAGUAUUUCAGAAUGAUGUCAUAAAUACAUAAAGCUAUUUUUUAAUUUGUAACUUCUAUAAUGUUUUUAUUCUGGUGGGUAGGAGAGAUGAUGAUGUUUGUUCGGGCUUCUAAGUAAUUUCUAAUUUUGACCAUUUUCGUCAGAUCUAUAUCUCAGAGCUCGUCCCAAAUAAAUAGUUGUCCUUUUAAUUUCUUUCAACAUUUUACAUAGAAUCCCUGUUCUAUUCUUUUUUCUAAUAUAGUGUUUGAGUAUGAUAAAAAUAAAAAGUGAGCUCUCUUUGUUCAUUUAUAAUAUCUAAAACAUUAAUAUAUAUCACAUAUUUAGAGCUGUUAUAUUUAUAAAGGAAAAAUUGUUGUAAAGAACAAUUUAUUAGCUACUAGAAUUUCAGAAAGAACUAGCAUUUUCAAAAAUGCUGUACGGAAAUCUUUUUUUUACAUUCCCCUCUUCUGUUGUAUAUUAAAAUGAUAAAUAUUUUAAUGAAGUAUCACUUUGUGAGAAACAUGUUGGCACUUUAAAAAGUCCACUUUUUGAAACUAUAAAUUGUAGUUCAUUGCAUUCAUCUGUGCAUUUGAUUUAUAUACAUAUGCUAUCAAUAAUAUACAAUCAACUGUUCCAAGUUGCAUAACUUACCAUGACUGCAGUGCUGAAAAUAUAAUUAUUUGAUUUUUCAGAGCCGUGUAUGUUUUUUAGAUAUUUUAUUUUAACUCUUUGCUGGAUUUUAAAAAUGUUUAGAUAAGUAACAACUUUUUAUAAUUUUACCAUGUCAUUAAAUUAGAAUAUAAUGCAUCUGUAGCAUUUUAAAAAUUAGUAUUUUCUUUUCUUUACUGUUAACAUUGAAACAAAUUUCAAAAUGAAUUUUGAAAAAUGUAUGGGUAUGUUUUGGGACAAAUGUAUGUGUUUCCUAUGCACCAGAAAAAUACAACUUAUUUACUAAUUUGUUAAAAGAGGAUAUAUAAAUGCAAUUGUCAUUUUAUUUUCAGUAUAAAAUAUGGUACAGCUGAUUAACUUUUGUAUAUCUACAAUUAAUAUCGCAAAAAUCUUUUCUCUUUUUUAUGGCAUUACUAAUAAUGUAGACUCUAUUUACCAGUUUCAUUGAUUACAAUUUUUUUUUAAUUUAAAUUCUAUGUUUUCUUUCAUCCACAUACUAAUGGUUGAUAAUUAUGUUUGGAUUAGCUGUAUUCAUAUGAAUUUCAAGUAACUAGCAUUUAACGCCUACAGAUUAUAUUUUGAGUAACAGAAAUUACAAUUUUCCUGGAACAUUUAAUAUCUAUUCAUGCUAUUAAUGCCAUAGAAGUCCUAAAAAGCAAUUUUCUUUUCUUUAUAUUAGUUUUAUACAAAACUAUUAAAAAGAAGAGUUAGUUUAAUUGAGGUUAUUAUUGAUUUCUUUUGAUGGGGUGACCGUAUUCAAUUCUAGAGAAUACAGUAAUGAUCUGUCAUCUUCAAGGAGUGAGAAAAACCCAUAUUGAAAUUUCAUGCAGUGCUGAAAGCUCAGAAAUUCACACCAAUUUUAGACUGGUUUUUACCUGAUUUUAAAAUUCAAAUUGGUAUAUUUUCCCCCCAGCUGUAAUAUAAAUUCUCUUGUAUGCAUUAAAAAUUGUGCUAUUAUUGAUAAAAUGAAUGUGCCCUUAUAUAAAAGCAGUGUAAGUUUAAUCAAAUGAAUUCUGAAAAUUAGAAUAUUCUUUAUGUAAUUUAAAAAAAUGUAUUGGUAGAGAGAAUUAUUGGCUGACCAAAUUUGGUUAGCCUUCUGUUAUAGCAGUUUAGGUCAUGGUUUUACUGACAGAAUUGUUAUUAAAGUUUAUAUGUGUAAAUGUUACUAAAAUGAACAAAGUUAAUUCUAGCUUUACACUUUUUUAUUAUAAUAGAUAAAUUCAUACUUUGGAAAUCUAAAGUAUCCCAUUAUAAACAGGACAUUAAAUUUUCAUGUUUUGGUACUGUCUUAAAUAUUGUAAAAAGGAGUGUAUAUCUUCAUGUUGUAAAUAAAUCAUAUCUCAUGGGGAUGCUAGCAGAAUAUUGAUAAAAUAACCAUAAGGUUUGUUUUAUGAACAAAAUGUUUCUAUAUGCUAUAUUUCAUUAAUAAAGUAUAUUGUCUUCAA